AUGGCCUUCCGCGCAUCCCUCCGACGCGUCGCCGUCGCCCGUCCCGCCGCCGGCGUGGCCCGGAGCUUCCACGCGACGCCCCGCGCCUGGGUCAAGGUCGGCGACGAGGUCCCCGCCGUCGAGCUCCUCGAGAACUCGCCCGGCAACAAGGUCAACCUGGCCGACGAGUUCAAGACGGCCAACGGGUACAUUGUCGGCGUGCCGGGCGCCUUUACGGGGACGUGCUCCAGCAAGCAUGUGCCGUCGUACAUCAACCACCCCAACCUCAAGAAGGCGGGACAGGUCUUUGUCGUCUCGGUCAACGACCCAUUUGUCAUGAAGGCCUGGAGCGAGCAGCUCGACCCGGCCGGCGAGACGGGCAUCCGCUUCAUUGCUGACCCGGCCGCCGAGUUCACCAAAGCCCUGGACGUGGGCUUUGACGGGACGGCCAUCUUCGGUGGUGUCCGCAGCCAGCGAUACGCGCUCAAGGUCGAGGACGGCAAGAUUACCGAGACGCACAUUGAGCCCGACGGUACUGGAGCCGAUGUGUCGAUGGCCGAAAAGGUCCUGGGCUGA